AUUACCAAUCCAUUGUUUUUGGACUCCACACAAGCCUCAAACCUUUCUCUCUCUUUAUCUAUAUAUGCAAAACCACCCUCUUCCUUACCACGCAUCGAUUCUCUGCCAAACACCACGUAACUCAACAUAUCAACCAAAGACCUGACUCUCAAUCUGAACCUUGCUGUCAACAAAAGAAAUUGUGAGAACCUUCCAAAUCACAAGACUGGGAUAUGUUGCGUGCUUGCUAUAAAUUGCUCUGUUGUGGUGUAUUGUAUAACAUGAUUCAUCACAUACAAAAAUCUCCUGGAAUUCUUGUUUGAGUAUCAAAAGACAGCAGGUUGUAGACUACAAUUUUUGCUGAUAUUUGAAGCAUCUGGCAGCUGAUCAAAAUGAAGAUUAACCAUCCAACUAAACGGAAGUGUAGAGAUAUAUGCAUUUGAUGAAGGGGAAAUCAGAAAGAAUGCAAACGUCCCAGAAACACCCAACUUCAUCCGGUUUCGAUUUAUACCACCAGCCUGUGCAAAACGUGGAUCCCUACACUCGUUACCAAGUAUUGCAAAGCAAUUCUUGCCAUGAAAUCCAUAAUAGCAACAGUCAGGGAACCACUAUCUCGUUUCAACCCUGCAAGGAGCAAUACUUUACCCUUGAAUCAUCCCCAGCACUCAAUGAUCUCAUAGGUUGUGAUUCUCCUUCCUAUGCUAGUGUAUCGUCCAAUUCCAACAGAAGUCCUUUUUCUCCGCAUGCUUCUCAUUCAUACCAUUCAGACCAGCAUCAGUCAUCUGACAAUAACUAUGGAUCACCAACGAGUGCACACUCCAGUGCUGAUGAUAGCUAUGAACUGAAGCACAAGCUCAGAGAACUUGAGAUUUCACUGUUGGGGCCUGAUUCAGAAAUUGUUGACAGUUGUCACUGCUGCUACGAGGGUGGCCACCACGGAGCGUCAGCAAUGGCUAAAUACAACUGGGAUCAGGUUGUAGAAAUGAUUCCAAAACUAGACUUGAAAGAAGUCCUCAGUCGGUGUGCACAGGCUGUAUCUGACGGUGAUAUUGAAACAGCGGUGGGAUUUAUGAAUAAUGUAUUGCCAAAAAUGGUAUCAGUAGGAGGUGAUCCAAUCCAGAGGUUAGGGGCCUACAUGUUGGAGGGUCUGAGAGCAAGGUUGGAGUCUUCAGGGAGCCUAAUAUACAAAGCCUUGAAAUGUGAACAACCAGCAAGCAAAGAUCUCAUGAGUUACAUGCACAUCUUGUACCAGAUUUGCCCAUAUUGGAAGUUUGCUUAUGUAUCUGCCAAUGCUGUCAUUGGAGAAGCAAUGCUAAAUGAAUCAAGAAUCCACAUAAUUGACUUCCAAAUUGCACAGGGCACUCAGUGGAUGCUGCUUAUUGAUGCUCUUGCAUCUCGUCCUGGUGGAACACCUUUCAUUCGUGUAACUGGUGUGGAUGAUUCCGAAUCCUUUCAUGCAAGAGGAGGAGGACUUGACAUUGUAGGAAAACGCCUCUCAGAUUAUGCCAAAUCCCGUAGAGUUCCAUUUGAGUUCCACAGUGCAGCAAUGUCUGGAUGCGAGGUUGAACUAGAAAACCUUGUGGUUCUACCGGGGGAAGCUCUGGCUGUGAAUUUCCCUUUUGUUUUGCACCACAUGCCAGAUGAGAGUGUGAGCACAGAGAACCACAGGGACAGGCUACUAAGACUGGUUAAGAAUUUAUCACCCAAGGUUGUGACACUCGUUGAGCAAGAAUCCAACACCAACACUUCCCCCUUUUUCCAAAGGUUUGUUGAGAGCUUGAGUUAUUAUAGUGCAAUGUUUGAGUCAAUAGACGUGGCCCUGCCCAGAGAGGAUAAGCAAAGGAUCAGUGCUGAACAACACUGUGUGGCUCGUGACAUAGUUAACAUGAUAGCUUGUGAGGGGCCUGAGAGGGUGGAAAGGCAUGAACUGUUGGGGAAGUGGAGGUCAAGAUUUUCAAUGGCUGGUUUUGCACCAUGCCCUUUGAGUUCCUCAGUCACCAAUGCCGUUAGAAACAUGUUAAGAGAGUUUAAUGGAAAUUAUAGGCUAGAACAUAUAGAUGGUGCGCUGUAUUUAGGAUGGAAGAGAAGAGCCCUCUGUACAUCUUCUGCCUGGAGAUGUUACUGAUUCACUGUCAUAUAUCUAUCUAUCUAUGUCUGCAUCUUCUCCUUCUUCCUUCUUCUCUCGUAUUAUCAUUUACUCAUUUUUCUCUAGUAUCACCAUUUUCUCAA